CCCUGUGCAUUGCUCCAAGCUGGCAAUCUAUCUUUCGAGGCCGGGAGUCGGGGCUCAUCGAACAAAAAGUCCGGCCAACGCAACAUGGGGGAGCGAUCGUGGGUUUCCCGCCAGUAAUACUUCUAGUCUUGAAACUACGCCGCUUUCGAGGCGUGAACACUCGAGCAAUCACGCCUUGCAUGCCCAUCUGCAGCCGCUCCUUACAACCUCAACUUGAGCUCAACGAGGCCUACAUCACGACCAGCAACUACCUGAGUUUAGCAGGAACUGGUCGUCAACUCAUCCACUCACUCACUCACCAUCCGCUCGGUUCUACUAGAUUGAGGUAGCCCCGAAAUCAGCUAUUAUAGGGGCACUGAGGAAGGAAACGACCUUGGGACGAAACCAAGUCACUUCAAUCGACUUUUAACCUGUCGAAUUCCCCCAUUUUAAGAUGGUCCAGCGCGCCCUCAGCCACCGUCGUGGCGCCCGCACCCUCGAAGUCGACACCACGCCCACCGCCGCCGGGCCAUCGACUCCUCCAUAUGUCACCAUCCCCGUUAUUGUGCGCACGGGGAGCACCACCGCUGGGAGACGGGAGUCGCUCCCCCUUUCGCGGCAUCACAUGCUUCGCAGGUCGAGCAGUGUCAGCGGCAGGAGCACGGCGGCGUCGUCGUCGUCGUCGUCUGGUUUUAAUGUAACAGGCUUUGCAACUGGGAGGUUGAAAGGGGCGGAGAUGUAUGAUCAAGGGUCGGUUAUUGUGGAUGUUGAGGAGGAGUUAGGGGGGAGUAAGGGAGAGGGCCAUUGAUGGGGUUGCGGUGUGUGAGGGUCGAAUCAUUUUUGGCUAAGAAGGAGCUGGGA